CACAUUCUCUGGACAAGCGUCAUAUACUCGACCUCAGGCAUCUGUUUGAACUUCCCUCCUAAAGAUUGCAUUAUAUGGUCCUUGCAGUGGAUACUCAAAUCAGAGUGCUGGUUACAAAGGCUGGUAGGAGUUCCGUAUCGUGUCUAGGGUCAGUUUUCAUGGCAUAGAAUUUUAGUGUCUUCAUUUCGAUCCUCCACCGUUACGUGCUUCAGUCAUCCUCAGGACAAUCUCAGGUCGCAGACUUCACACAAUGACUAUCGAAGACUUGUCAGUUGAUGACGCCCUUGUUGGCAAAGUGAAAAACUACGUUGAGGAAUAUAUGUCCAAUUAUGACGCAUCGCACGACUUCAACCACAUCAAGCGUGUCCUCCGUCUCUCGCAGCAUAUCCAGUCUCAUACCCCUUCAACACGCCAAGAUUUGGUCACGCUGGCCGCGCUGCUCCACGACGUUGGCGACAAGAAGUACCUCCGCCCUGGCGAGGACCCUUCUCGCAUGGUAGCAUCCGUGCUCAUGUCCUUCGGUGCACCGCAGACCCUUGCCGACACCGUCCAGGCCAUCUGCCUCGGCGUCAGCUACUCCUCCGAGGUUAAGGACCCAGCGCGGACGCGGGCUCUUGUGGACAAGUAUCCGGAGCUGGCCGUUGUUCAGGAUGCCGACCGCCUAGAUGCCAUUGGCGCCGUAGGUAUUGCGAGGACGUUCGCAUUUGGAGGUGCCAAGAGUCGGACGUUGGAGAACACUAUGGAGCAUUUUGAUGACAAGCUCCUGUUGCUUGAGGGCAUGAUGAAAACAGAGGAGGGGAGGAGGAUGGCUAGGGAGAGGACGGAGAGGUUACGUUUAAUGAAGGCAUGGUGGCAAGAGGAGACUAGCCAGUAAAGUGGUUCUUCGAAGAAGUGAUGAAUGUAACCCGAAGUCAAGGAAACAAAACACUAGUCGAGUACAGUUAAAUAUGGCAUCUUACACUUCGCAUACCGGCAGACUAAAAGCACAGUCAGUCUGGUCGGCUUACGGUCCCCGCAAGCCUCACGAGAACCCUUACGAGAACCCUUACGAACCAAUUGGCUCUCUUGUACCUGACCAAAUUGGUGGAUCUACGUUGACUCUGUUGGCUGUCUCACAUGAGAACCUUUACGGAUUGGGAGUUUGUAGGACGGGCAAGACAUCAGGUCGGAAGAUUAU